AUGGAGAGAAUCGUGACACUCGACAAAGCGAUAAAUGCGAUAAAGACGGCUGCUGAGGAGAUUCCCGCGGACGACUUUAUUUCUUACUCUACUAUUCUCGAUGUUCACCUUUCAUACGCCCACGAUGCCUUCUCUCAGGAUGAGCAGCACAGGCUGUUGGAGGUUUUGGGGGAUAUUUUAGAGACCCAUGAAGAUCUAGCUCGUGAGAUCUCUUGGGAUUUGAUCUCCGUCUUAUUGCCCUUCCUCGAAUCGCUGUCUCCGGCAACCGUUCAGUUGACCGAAUCACAUAUUGCGUUCGCAGCGGAAAAAGGAAAUCCCCGGGAGGGUGGAGAGGUAGGGGAGACUGAAGACAAGUUGAGGAAAGAAACUACCCGAAAUGCGCUGAGGAAAUUCCAUGCCUUGUUAUCCGCCUUGUCGAUUUUGACAACUCUGUUGGGAGUUUUUACGAAAGCUGUACAAUGUCUUGACAGACAGGCUGUUGACGGGGUCUUGAGGGGGUUGCUAGAGUUUGCCGAGCUCGUUAAACCCGCCCUAGCGGCGCCGCGGAAGCAGAGCAUAGUCAAGGGCGAGCGACCUCCGUUACCCCCACGCGUCCCGACAAACAGUACAAACCCCUCCCUUGCGCCGACCUCCGCCGAUGGGGAUGCUCCGGCCAAAGAACCUGAGGGGGAUUCUCCGGAAACUACUCUCCAGGCCCGUCUUUUGCAGUCGUUCCUGUCACAUCUCCUGGAGAUCUACCUUUUACGCACCCGGGAUAUCACAGGGAGGGGAUUGGUUGUGGGGUGGGCAGGACAGUAUGACUCUGAGGUUGUGAGAAAGGGCAAAAGUGAAGUUCCCGGCGGGAAGACCCCAAUCGACGAUGAAAGAGCUGAGAGGGCGGUGCAACGGGAUGUUAAGGCUCUCACGGAGGAUAUCGAGGGACUAUGUGAGGCGUUGGGCCUAAGGGCAGAUGAACUUAUGAAGAUUUGUGAAAGCCACCAAGAGCCAGAAUCACCCACUGAUGAGGACCAAGAAGACCCAGCACCGCCCUCGUCAGCCGAGGACAUACCUCUUUCUAAAACGGGGGCUCUAUUUCUCUUAGCGCAACGGCUCGCCCAUUAUCCCCUCUCGUCCCUCAGCAUAUUCCCCAACCAUUCGGACAUAUCCCAGAACUUUCUCGUCAACGGUUCCGGUCAGCACCAGCCCGCUGUCGUUGAUGCAGUACUCUUCCUCGGCGCCCUCGCUCUCCACCAGGGCGGAGGCCUCGGCAAUGCGCCAGAGUUAGACGACUUCCUACUUUACCUCCAAACCUUCGCUGCUAUUUCUGCUACCUCCUCUUCCCCACAGGCACGCUUUCUCGCCCAUUAUCAUGUGUCAACGUGCAUAAGCAAGCACCCGGACGAGGCUGCCCGAUUAGCCUACAUCAAAGAUACCCUAGAGCACUGCCCAUUCGAAACGCUCAAGGCUGCGGUGGUCGGCAUUCUUAAGGACGAAAUCCAAUCUGCUUCUCUAUCAACACCACCAAAACCAAACUCAAUCUUUGCAUCCCCGGUUUGUCUAGAAGAACUAUUUAACGUGCUUUUCCUGGAGGUGGAGAUUGGCGAUUUUGAUGAUUUUAAGAAUUACUAUCCGACGCUCGUGGCGACGGCGAAUCUUUACUACUUUCUUGUUCUUUCGCCCGUGUGUAGAGAGAAAUUGGGAGUUGGGAAGAGGGAGUUUGCGGAGAGGGUUGAGGAGAAAUUUCUCACGUCGGUUGGAAAGGCGGUCGAGGGGAUUAGUCCUGAAGGUGGGGGGAUGGAGACCGAUAUUCUAAAGGAUGUCAUUGAGAGGAUCCGAGAGAAGGUCAAGGAGGUUUGUGUUUAGCUAGUUCUAUGUGUUAACCGUGAUCUUCCUCCGAGAGUGGAACGUGGAAAGUUUAAUCUUUG